CGAUAGGCGAUAGUCGUAGGGUGUAGUUAAAAUAAUAUAAAAUAAAAUAAAAGGGCUGGCUGACCGAAACUGGGCGUUGUACUCUCUCAUGCAGCGAUGUUCACCGCCGCCUUCACCGACCUGGCGCGCCUGUGCCGCAUCUGCCUGCGCCACCUGCGCGAGCGGGAGAAGGAAAUGCAAGUUCGCCUCCCAGAUUCCCGACUCUUUGCGAUCCUCCAGAGAUUCCUCGACAUAAAUUUACCCCAGGAGCCGCCGGGUUGGCCGACGGAGAUCUGCAAUCUGUGCCACAAUGCGGUGCUUUGCCUGGAGGAGCUGCGCCAGGUGGCCAGGGAAUCCGGCCAGAAGCUCAGCGAGUGGCAAACGCCGGCGAUGAUUCCCUUGGACAGGGUGAAGGAGGAGCCGCUGGAGGAGGUCAACCAGGAAAAUUCGCAGGAAAUGGCGUUAGAGCAGGAGAAGCGGGAGGAAAGCCUGCAGGAGGAGGAAAAGCCAGGAGAAGAUCAGGAGGAAACCCUCGAGGAGGAGCAGCAGCCGCCGGGCGGCCACAGCAGCAAGCGACGCGCCGGUUUGGCCUGCGAUCAGUGCGGCAAGCAGGUGUACAAGUUGCCCUACCUGGAAGCCCACAUUCGCAGCGUCCAUCAGGGCUACACGAAGCCCUUCCUGUGUCGCAGCUGCGACAAGUGCUUCACCCGCUACGAGCAGCUGCGCUCGCACAUGCGCAACGCCCAUCCGCAGCUGGAGCAACUGCAGCAGGAGCUGCGCGACCUCAUCUGCGAGCUGUGCAAUCGUCAGUACAGCACCAAGAAUGCCUUGGGUGAGCACUUGAAGCGACAUGCGCAGCGCAAGGAGCAUGUCUGCGAGCAUUGCGGCGUGGCGAAGGUGACGCGCACCGAGCUACUGACCCACCUGCGAACCCACAAUCCCACCUGGGAGCGCUUCAAGUGCGAGCAGUGUCCGCAGCUCUUUCGCCACAAGAGCGCCAUUAGUCGGCAUGUGCGCGUGGUGCACGAGGGACAGCGGCGCUUCCAGUGCGGCCAUUGCGAGAAGAAGUUCGGCACGCAUGCCUCGCAGGUGCGGCACGAGCGGCUGCACGCGGAGACGGCGGCGGCGGGAGGAGGUGGAGAGCCCUGCGUUUCGCUGGAGACGCUGGAGUUGCACCUAAGGCGCCACAGGAAGAGGAGGGAGAAGGAGGAUUCCGAUUCCGAUUCGGAUUCAGAUUCAAAUUCAGAUUCAGAGAGCCUGGAGGAUCGGAGGAAGCGGCUGAGGAAGCGGCAGAAGGAGAGACAACAAGAUCAAGGCUGCCAGGAGGAGCAGGAGGAGCACCUAAAGCAGGAGGAGGAGCACCCCGAAUGGCAGCACAAAUUAGAGGAGGAUGGAGAAGCACAAGAAGAGCCCUUCCAUGACUACAAAAUGAGCACUUCAGAGGCCUUGUGAUGGCUAUACACCUAUCUACUAUAUAUUAUAUAUAAU